CUUUACUAUAAAAGUGUGGAAGAAACGAUUUUGGUUGAAACUGUACAACAUUGCUGCGAUUGAUACAGGAGCUGACUUGACCCGGGAAAUAUCAAAUAUAAAUAUAUUCUCGGCAUAUUUCAAAUUUCCCGCUCAAUACACACAGCAAAAAUGAGAGAUUUUCAACUUCAAACGCCACAGAGAGAUCAAUCUUCUGGAAAUCGCCGAUUGAAAUCCACUUCCGAGAACAAUAGAAAUCUGCGCAAGGUCACUAAAAAGAGUUUGAAUCCGGCAUUUAAAGCCGUUUCAGAAGAGGAUAUUGCGGUUUUGGAGUCUCUGAAGGAAUUCUCUGAGGUUCCUGAUGAUAAUCCGUUUGCCGAAUCUGCUGAGAACUUUAUUAUUUCAGUAAAUCCAGUGGAACCACAUUCAUCAGAAACAGCUGCUAUCUCAGAUAUUACUUCUCCAUCAUUAUCCUCCUCCUCUGUAGUUACUUCAGACGCGCAUGUAACCAUCAGUGCCAUGCAGAACAAAGGUAAAAUUCCUGUAGUAGAUUCUUCCAAGAAGAUGGAACCUAUUGAGGCAGAGGUGGUAAUAAAACAUCUGAGGGAAGCUAGAAUUCAGGUCUUGAAUUCAAAAGACGUGGGGCCUUCAAAGAAGCUUCUGGAUGCUCUGAUAAAUAUCAUCAUUGAAGAGUUUUAUGGUGGUCUAUAUGAUGAGAAGGAAUGGCUUGAUAAAUUUCUAUCAAACAAAGCUAAUCUGGUUUUCCUGAGUUUAAUGCUGGGGAUAUUUGCCAUAAUUAUGUGUGGAUUCUUACAUUAUGGAUUUCUCACGGGACCAACGCCAACUUGAUGUUCUACUUUUGGAUAUGUAUACUCUUCCACUUACAGCUCAUUGUUACCCCUUCUCCUUUAGCUGGGUUUUCCUAAGUUUUGGGCUGGGACUGGAGCCCACCAUAACAACUAAUCUUUGAAUUGCUGCCUUACAGAGGAUAUGCGUGUAUACAUCUUUUGAUGAUAACUAAAAAUUAUGGCAUGGGCACGAUGUUAUGUAAAUUCUGAUUUGUUGUGAAAAACUGAGUUUUCUGUUUUGCUUGAAAUAGGUAUUGUUUAUAUGCUUGUGUUAGUUGCC